AUGGGUCUGGAGAAAAAUCCAUGGGCACCUUUUGAUGAUGAAUAUGAGUGGGGCCUCGCAGAAUGGCUGUCGAAGAGAGUCAACAAGACUGCGACCGAUGAAUUCCUUAAACUGGCCAUUACGAAAAAUUGCACUCAGCCAAGUUUUACGAGCAACUAUACAUUUCAAAAGAAACUUGAUAAACUACCUACAGGUCCUGGAUGGACUUGUGAAAUAGUCACGUCAACAGGAGAUCGAGUGGGUGGAGAUCGGAAGCCAUUAACAGAACAACAUGAACUUUGGCGGCGUGACCCUGUGGAGUGUGUGCGUGAUUUGAUUGGUAAUCCCGCAUUCAAGGAUUACCUUUCAUAUGUUCCCGAGCAAGUUUUUGCUGAUCCGCAAGGGAAGACGCGGGUAUAUGAUGAGAUGUGGACUGGUGAUUGGUGGUGGAACAUGCAGGAACACCUACCUUCAGGUGCCGUUGUUGCUCCAGUAAUACUCGCAUCCGACAAAACAAAUCUUACUCGUUUUCGUGGCGAUAAAGCUGCAUGGCCAAUAUAUUUGACCAUCAGAAAUAUCAAAAAGGACAUUCGCCGUCAGCCUUCUAAGCAUGCAACAGUGCUGAUAGGAUACUUACCAAUAUCGAAGAUGCUGCAUUUCAAGGAUGACGAAGGAUGGCAGAUUGCUCGUUAUCGUCUCUUUCAUAACUGUAUGCGGUUGGUGACAAAGCCACUUGUCGAUGCCGGCCGUCACGGAGUGGAUAUGAUAUGUGCUGAUAGGAAUAUCCGACGCAUUCAUCCUAUUCUUGCAGCAUAUAUCGCAGAUCAUCCCGAGCAAUGCCUGAUUGCCUGCUGUAAAGAAAACCACUGCCCUCGUUCAACUCUCGAACACCAUAAAAACAGCGAAGACCCUCACCUUUUUGAAGAUCACGGUCUUCGCGCGAUAUAUUUUCUGUUCUGGUCACAUCUUCCACACACCGACAUUUUCAUGUGUAUCACUCCGGAUAUUCUACACCAUUUACACAAGGGUGUUUUCAAAGACCACAUUGUGAGCUGGUGUUCUACAAUCAUCUCUGACACAGAGUUCGACGCACGUUUUCAAGCUAUGUCCGAUUUUCACGGUCUCCGUCACUUCAAACGGGGAAUUUCAACUGUCUCUCAGUGGACUUGCACGGAGCAUAAAGAGAUGCAGCGCGUUGUCUUAGGCGUCAUCGCUGGUGCUGUUGAACCCCGUGUGUUCCGGGCUGCACGUGCUGUUCUCGACUUUAUUUACUAUGCUCAAUACCAAGCUCACACAGACACGACUCUCGCGCGGAUGCAGGAAGCACUGGAUGUGUUUCACGUGAACAAAGAUGUUUUUGUCGACCUUGGGCUUCGUCAACACUUCAACAUUCCCAAGGUUCACUCAAUGCGCCACUAUGUGCAGUCCAUCCGAAUCGCGCAAAUGACUCAUUGGCUCGAACUUCAAGAAGCUGUCUUUCGACAUGGCAUGUUCCUCAAUUGGGUCGCAUCAAAAGGUGGACUCGGCGAACCUCUCGACUCAGAUUUGCUCGAAGACGAGGAUGAGGAACCGACAUUCGCAGAUUCAGACAUCAUCCCAUCAGGACUGCUGGCAUCGCAUGGUUACCAUGUUGCCAAGAGUUGCCCGUUUCUCGCCGUCUCCGUGUCUCACCAUUUUGGCGCCAUCGACUUCAUCCCCGCCCUUCAAACAUUCCUCACCCAUCACUUUCCCCAUUCCUCUAUUUCUGCGAGCCAGUAUGACCGGUUUGACUUAUUUAAAUCGGUUUCACUUCGGCUCCCUCGACGAGACCACAUUAGUGACCUCAAGCGGCUGAAUCGAGUUCGCGCUCAUCCAGCUAUUCCCAAUCGCGAUCGCCGCAAGCCACCUUCACCUGCACACUUUGAUGUGGUGUUUGUAGUCGAGGAUCACCAGCUAUGGGAGAGUGGUACAGGCUUGGAUGGCUUGCGGCUCGCACAGAUACGUGCAAUUUUCAAAUUGCCCUCUCACUACGGGAAAUUUCCUCAUCCAUUGGCAUACGUCGAAUGGUUUCGACCUCUGCGCGAUCCGGAACCUGCGACCAACCUUUAUCGACUUGCACGUUCGACUCGUAACCAAUGGCGUUUCGCAUCCGUCAUCAGUGUUCGAGACCUUCUGCAAGCAGCACACCUGAUGCCCAGGUUUGGAUCGAGUAAGGUAGAUGUAUCAUGGAUCAACGGCAAUGUUCUUGAGCUCGCUGAUGAGUUUUAUGUUAACCCUUACAUUAACUUUCACAUUUUUGAUACUAUACAGCACUUGUACUAG